AUGGACCCCGGUGGUCCGCCACCGCAGCGGCAUGGCCCGCCACACAUCCGCCUCAACUCUGGCAGCGAUGACCUCUUACAGAACGGCCAGCAGAACGCGCAAACCGCCCCAGAGCGGCCACAAACCUCUAGACAGCCGUCGUCACGAUCGUUAACCUCCCAAUCACAACAACAGCAACGGCCUGGUACAGCACCUGGAAGGCCGCCUACAGCAGGCUCUACAGGAGGCUCCACCGGUGUGUAUCAGAGUCACACGCCUGCCGAUUCGCACGAACUCCUAUUACCUCCACGAAAGAGCAAGUCUGCAAGGAAAUUUCGAGACGAGGACAGCCCACUGCGAUCACCAAUGUCGACGGGCUUCAACAGCAGGCGGACAUCGUGGUCAUCAGGGUCCGAUGCUAGCAGAGACAGCCGGAUAGGUGCCUACGCGAAUCCUUUCGAAGACUCGCGAGCGCCAUCAAGAGCGGGGAGUGAUGAUGAGGGAGUCAAUACACAGACGGUCAGCGAAAAGUACAACAUCCUGCCGUCAGCUGGGCUGCUUCUGUUCCCCGAAGAUGUGGAAAAGGACGACUGGCUACAUACGCCUGAUCCGAAUGAUCGAGAUAAGAUGAACUGUGCAGACUUGUUUAGCAAGCGAGGAAUGAUGAACGUCGGAGGUUUGGCGUUGAUAACACUGGGCAUUCUGGUGCUGUUCAUCGUCUAUCCGAUCUUAACAUUCGUGCAAGGCGCUCUGGACCCAGGCGCAGAUCUUUGUACUUCUGAUCCGAUGUGUAUCCACAAGAAGGUGCCACUUCUUCAAAACGUACGGACAGGUCUUGUUGACCCCGAUACCCCCGACAGCGUAAAGCAGCGAAAAGGCGCCAACGGCAACACCCAAACGCUGGUCUUCAGUGACGAGUUCAAUACCCCUGGGAGAACGUUUUACGACAACGACGACCCAUAUUGGCAGGCGGUGGACAUCUGGUACGGCGCCACGCAAGAUCUGGAGUGGUACGACCCGGACGCGGCGACGACGCAAGAUGGAUACCUGGCCCUCCGCUUUGACGCAUUCAAGAACCACAAUCUCAACUACCGCUCUGGCAUGCUUCAGUCGUGGAACAAGAUGUGUUUCAAGGGUGGAUAUAUGGAGGCAUCCAUUUCUUUACCCGGAAAAGGCGACACGGCUGGCUUUUGGCCUGGUUUCUGGGCCAUGGGCAAUCUUGGGCGGCCGGGUUACCUGGCCACGACAGACGGCAUGUGGCCUUACAGCUACGACCACAUCUGUGACGCUGGCAUCACCGUGAACCAGUCCGACCCCGACGGGCUGAACUACUUGCCCGGCAUGCGCCUGCCGGCGUGCACCUGCAGAGGGGAGGAUCACCCGAACCCGGGCUACAGCCGCAGUGCUCCUGAGAUUGAUGCGCUGGAAGCGCAGAUUGAGUACAUGAAAGAACCUUACCAGAACGCCAUCGGAGGCGCGUCCCAGUCGAUCCAGAUUGCACCCUUCGACCUGUUCUGGCGACCAAAUCCUGACUGGCAGGAAAUCUACGACUACUCCGUCACACACAUCAACUUCUACCAGGGCGGCCCGUUCCAGGAAGCUGUGUCCGCUGUCACCACGCUGAACAACAACUGGUAUGACGGUAACGAAUACCAGCUCUAUGGCUUCGACUAUACCCCGGGUGCCGAUGGUCAGGUGGUUUGGAACGUCGGCGACGACCACACGUGGAAGGUGACGGGAAAGUCUUUGGGCCCGAAUGGCAACGUGGGACAGCGCACGAUCCCUGAGGAACCCUUGACGCUCAUCGUCAAUUUCGGUAUGAGUGAUUCUUUCUCGGCGAUCAAUUGGACUGGCAUAGCUCCUCUGCUUCCUGCGACAAUGAGAGUGGACUAUGUUCGGAUCUAUCAAGAUGAAGAUGGCGAGAUGACCUGUGAUCCGGAAGGCUUCCCAACGACCGACUACAUUGCGAAGCAUCCUGCUCCUUACAAGAACCCGAACAUGACACAUUGGGAGGACGCCCAUUUCCAGACGCCUCAAAACUCCCUCGUCAACGGCUGUAAAGCCGCCAACUACGACGGAGACCUGCCAACGAAGAGGGCCAAGCGAUCGGUGAAGAAAUCGAAGCGGAAUAGCAGCAAGCGGUCCUGGUUCUCCUGGAGCUAG